ACAGUGUAGUGACUACUGCCACUGCUCAGAAUUUCCAUGAAUUUUGUUGCAACGAUUUUUUCUUCUAAUUAUGAAGCUGUAAUGGCGUAGCUUUAUUAGUUUUUAUUUCAAAUUGAAGAAUUAUCUUUCCAGCCAUGGCUACAGGUUACAUAUUUGCUAAAAAUUUUCGGGAGAAAUCUUCGAACGGGUUCUUGGUUUACCAGGUUGUGCUUGAGGAGUGCGUUGCCGGAACGCAGAAAACAGGCUUCUUGCAGCUAUCUAACAGCAACACUUUUGAAAAUAAUGGAUUUAAUCAUUUGAAUCAGUUAUCUCCGGGAUCCGCCACUUAUGAGCUGUUAGUGAAAUCAGCCAAACGUGCAGAUUCAAAGACGGAAAUGGAACAACUGCGGCGAAGGCUUCUACCAUUAAUAAAUAUCUCUGUUCAAGGCAAGAGCAGUAUUCACGUGCAGCGUUACUAUGGCAUCGAUUACACCUUUCCCAAACCCGGAGUAUCCAGAAUGUGCUACAUAUUGACAGAAGAAUGCGAAGGUUUUCCUCUGGACUACCAUAUGUACAAAGAGAUGCUGGACGCGAAUCAAGGCACUGCAACCGAUAUUACUUCGUACUCCAGACAAAUUCUGAAAGGCUUGGAGUUUUUGCACACAAACUGCAUAAUUCACGGUGACAUCCGAGGCGCUAACAUCAUUAUAUCUAAAGAUAAACUGUUGAAGAUUACAGGGCUGACCACGAUUAAGCAUUUUACCGGGGUCGACACACCGCCGAAAUCAGUGGAAUCAGCAACCGGCACGAUACCAUUUGUAUCUCCGGAAAUGGCGGCUUUAUCAUCACUACCGCAGCGGGCGCAACCACGUGUUGGACGGAAAACAGAUAUUUUCAGCUUUGGGUGCGUGCUAAUACAAAUGCUUCAAAAUGGCCGUCCUCCAUUUUAUACAAAAGGGAGUCAAAAUGAUGUUUUGCUUUUAAAACCCUCGACAAUAACGUUGCAAGAUAUGCACAGAUAUUUUGAAAAUGGAUACAAACCGAUGUUCCCGACUGGGCACACUUGUUGUCACAAUACCUGUGUGAAUGGGAGCCUUGGUCAUUGCCAGUUAUUAACCAUGAGUACGGGGUUUACCAGUUUACUGGAUGGGUGCUUGAGUGCACUUCCUCAUACUAGAUUAUCCGCUGGAGACCUCCUGAUGCUGAUUGAGCAGCCCGCCAGCAAAAUUGAUACUGAUCGCGUGAAACUUGUAACUCCAAGUGAUAUACCCUCUCACAACCGUCCGUUUGCGUCCGCCGAAAGCACUACGGUGCUCACAGUCACAGAAAUGGCAAAUCCAACGAACAGCAGUAGCAGCAGCGGCGGCGAAUAUCCUACAGAGCCUGAGCAACUACAUCAUGCACGUUACUACAACCGGGAUUCCUUGGUUUCAGAUGGUAAUGAACCUCCUAAAUCCUCGUCAAAUCUCGAAUGUGAAAAGACGUCCGAUGAAGUUAAACCGUACUAUGUCAUCCCAGUUAAACGGAGCUCUGAAGAGCAGCGUUUCCGAAUCAGGCGAUACGAAUUAAAGCCAGAUGAAAAUAUUUUAAGAGAGGUCGAAAGCGAAGAAGUUUUCAAAAUCGCGAUAAGUGUGGAUCAGACGGUAUUACACUUGGUUAAAGAUUCAGAUUCCGGUGGGCAAAGAGUGUUGGAAAAAAAGAUUCUCCUUCCGGGCCGAUUUGCAGACGAUCAAACUCCUGGUUCAGUUUCCAUUAUUUCAGUAUACGACCGGGACACCGGAAGGAAAUCGCUGUUUGAUAACAAGGAAAUGGUUUUUAAUACAUUAACGAAAGACCCAGAGGCGAAGUUGGAAAAUAUCGUCAAACACCUUGUAGUACUUCGGGAACCAUUUGACUUUUUUGUAUUCACAGAAAGCGAAGGUCACCUGCAGCCACUGUCGGCAUUAACAGAGUCCGACGAUUUUGACACCACGCUUGUUUCAAAUUUUACGAAACAGAUUUUGCAUGGACUGCUAUUUUUGCAUGAUCGCAGUAUUAUUCACAAAGAUAUACGUUGUGCGAAUAUCCUUGUGGGGCGUCGAAGUCAAAAUACCGAUUCCCAAGAACACGUCUUAAAACUUGCUCACUUUGAAAAGGCCUCCUAUCUUGAUCCGAGCUUGCGCAAUUUGGUUGAUGUCCCGGAGGGGUCUUCUCGAUUUGCUUCGACAGAAAUGCAACAACUUGCAAGCACUUCAUCCAGCAAAGUUGGAACAGCAACAGAUGUUUUCAGCUUGGGUUGUACCGUAAUCGAAAUGCUUGAAGGUGCUCAACCGAAAUGGAACAGCAAAAAAGGUGAAGACCAAGAACCGUUCGACUUCAAGCCCGAAAACUCUUUCGACGAAUUUCUAAAUAAUUUACGCAGAUUGGCAGACGCACGCGCCAUGCCUGACACCGGAAGUUUAACUGACAAGAAUGCCCUCAGUUUAGUUGACCAAUGUUUUCUCCGGUCCAUGAAACGGCCAACUUGCGAAUACCUCCUGAAAACACACCCUUUCAUCAGAAAUAUGCCCAAAACUAUUCCGCUUAGUUUCAUUCGAGCAAUUGGGGAUUCUCAGAGGUAUUUUUAUGCCGAACGCCUGGAUGGUGCCUUUCCGAAAAACGUAGCAGUAAAAAGACUGAUCAAUUCCCUCGAUGACUCGACAGCUUUUAAAUCUCCGGGCUCACAUCUGAGAUCGCUUAUCAGGCUCAAUCAUCCUAACAUAGUACGCUAUUUUGGAGUACAACCCGAGCCGAAUACUGGUGGCGACUGUAUUAUAAUGGAGUAUUGUGAAGGUGGCAACUUACACCACGCUGCGCAAUUUAAGAUCAUAUCGGCGUUAGUACAGAAAUGGACUCGUCAGAUUCUUCACGGCCUGGAAUAUCUCCACAACAAAAAUAUUGCCCACGGAUACAUUGACGGUACGAAUAUCGUUCUAAAUCGUCCGGACUGGGAUUUGGCUGUGUUGAAAAUUACCGAUCUUGAUUUAUGUUCAUCUCUGAGAAUGGAGCCGGUGUUUAGUGACAGCAGUCGAACUCGCUUCAUGUCACCAGAAAUGUGUAAGCUAGGCCGCUCAGCAUGUGUGAACAGAGAUGAACUAUGGUGCAAAAUCGAUAUCUGGAGUGUGGGUUGUGUCGUGUUAGAAAUGAUCAGCAAAAAACCAAAAUUUACCAAAACGGAAGGCGGCAAAACCGUUAAAAUUUUAGAACUGGACGAAGUGAUUGAUUAUGUUGCAAGGGGUGGAAAGCCAGCAGUUCCAGUCACGUUACCACAGGAACUGCAAGAUUUUAUUCAGCGGUGCUUCGAACAACACCCGGUGCUGCGGCCGUCUGCAAGAGAACUGCUCAAAACCCCGUUUUUAUCGAAAGAAAGUAUUCAGCAGUGGCCGGAUUCACGGCCAUCGUUUGUCAUGAAUCAAGAAGCGGACUUUUCAAGCGGAUCAGUGAAAAAGAAAAUCUUGAAGACAUUGGGUAGCGAGCAUCAAUACGAAUCAAUACGUACAACUUUUGCACCCAAAUCAUUUUUUGAGCGAAUGGAUUCACCAGUGUUUCGAACAAAACAGCGCAGACAGGAUUGCUGCGAUGCAGUUACUAGCUGAACUAUCAAAACUGCUGGACAGGG